AUGAAUACACAAAUUGAUGAAUCGUUAUACUCAAGACAAUUGUAUGUCAUAGGAAAAGAUGCUAUGGAAAAAAUGAUGAAAAGUAGAAUAUUGGUUAUUGGUUUAGAUGGACUAGGUCAAGAGGUUGUAAAAAAUUUAUGUCUUACUGGUGUAUCUCAAAUUUACAUUCAUGAUGCAUUAGAAAUAAAAGAAGAAGAUUUUUCUACAGGAUUUUAUCUGUCGAAGAAGGAUAUUGGAAAACGUAGAGAUUUUACACUGUUGGAAAGAUUUAAAACAUUAAAUGAUUAUGUUCUAGUACAAGUUUUAGAUGAAAUUACUAGUUUUGUAGGAUUUGAUCUUAUUAUUUCUUGCAAUGAACACGUGCAAAAUAUGAUAAAAAUUAAUAAACAAGCUAGAAGAGAUAAUUGUAGAUAUAUUGGAUGUCAAAGUAGAGGAGUUUUUUCACAAAUAUUUUGUGAUUUUGGCACAGAUUUUAUCUGUUUAGACACAAAUGGUGAAGCACCUGUCAUAGGAAUGAUUAAUGAUAUUUCUGACACUGGAAUAUUAACUGUUGUGGAUGAACAGAGACAUAAUCUAGAAGAUGGAGAUAUUAUAAAAAUUAUACAAAAUAUGAAAAAUGACGAAAAUAGACAUUCUACGUACGAAGGGGUACUUUUUAAAAUUCAAAGUUUAAAUAAGUAUCAAAUACAACUAACAAAAAUUGAUGGGUCUUCUAUUUUAGAUAGUGAAUUUUCUAAUAUAAAAGAAAUGCCAUUUAAUUUUGUAGAAAUAUAUGGAGGGGAUUUUGAACAGGUAAAGAGACCAAAGCUAUUUAAUUUUAAAAUGUUAGAAGAUCUUAUUGACAGUCCUAAUAUUUUAAGUUAUAAUUUUGAAUCUGAUUUACAAAAUAAAAUAAGCCAUAAAUGCUUUAUAGCCCUUGGUGAAUAUUUUGAAAAGUAUCAUUGUUUGCCCAACGAAGAUCAAUUUCAAUCUUUUUAUAUAAAAAAAUAUAACAGUCAAGAGCUUUGUAUUAAAAUAUUUGGAAGACAGUGUGAUACACUAUUUAUGCCCAUGUGUUCUAUUGUAGGGGGGUUUGUGACACAAGAAGCCUUGAAAGCAAUUAGUUGUAAAUUUACACCUUUAGUACAAUUCAUGUACUAUGAUGCACUUGAAUUAGUUACAGAUUUCAAUUUAACUAAAAAAAAUUAUGGAAGAUAUAAUUCUAUGUAUAAAAUUUUUGGUGAAGAAAAUUUACACAAACUUUUUAAUAUGAAAUUAUUUCUUGUUGGUGCAGGAGCAAUAGGUUGUGAGCAUUUAAAAAAUAUUAUUAUGUGUGGAUUGGCCUCACAAGGUACAAUUAAUAUUACUGAUAUGGAUUCUAUUGAACAAAGUAACUUAAACAGGCAGUUUUUAUUUACUAAAGAAGAUGUAGGAAAAAUGAAAGCAGAAGUUGCUGUAUCGAAAGUUAAAGAUUUAAAUGAAGAUUUUAUAAAAAACGAUAAUAUUCGAUAUUUCAAUUUAAAAGUGGGAGAAGAAACGGAAGAAAUCUUUUCUGAUGUUUUUUUUAAAAAUCUAGACGUAGUAGCAAAUGCACUAGAUAAUGUUGAAGCAAGAAUGUACAUUGAUGAAAGGUGUGUUUUACAUAGAAAACCACUUGUUGAUGCUGGUACAUCUGGAACAAAGGGCAAUGUACAGGUAAUAAUUCCAUUUUAUUCAGAAUCGUAUGGUUCUAGUAGGGAUCCUCCUGAGAAAUCUAUUCCUUUGUGUACAAUAAAGAAUUUUCCUCAUGCCAUCGAACACACAAUUGAAUGGGCGUUAAGUGAAUUUAGAUUAAAAUUUAAUGACCAAAUUUUAAAACUUAAAGAAUUUAGUAGUGAAGAAGAAGAUAAUGAUCUGAUAGAACUAAAUAAUCUUUCUCCACAGACAAAAGAUGACUGUAUAAGACUGGGUCUUAGAAUUUUUAUAAAAUAUUUCCACACGUCAAUUCAAGAACUUUUAAAAACUUUUCCACCUGAUUCUCUUACUAAAGAAGGACAACCUUUUUGGAUGCCACCGAAAAGAGCACCCGUUUCUAUUAAUUUUGAUAUAGAGAAUGAUUUACAUCUAACAUUUAUUAGAAGUACAGCCAAUAUUUACAAAAAUAUUUUUAAUAUACAAGGAGACAAUUUAGAUAAUGAAUAUGUUAAAAGUUUUAUUAAUAAUGAAUUAGAAAAUAUUGAUAAUAUUUCUACUGUUCGAGAUAAAAACGUAAAAAUCAAUAAAGAAAAUUUACAAUCACAAGAGUUUGAAAAAGAUAAUGAUCUAAAUAAUCAUGUAGAUUUUAUUUACGCCUGUGCAAAUUUAAGGGCGCAAAAUUAUAAAAUAAAAAAUAUUGAUAAACUCGCUACAAAAGGUAUAGCAGGGCGUAUAAUACCGGCCAUAGCUACCACUACGGCUGUAGUAUCUGGGUUAUCUAUUAUUGAGUUGAUCAAGCUAUAUUUGAAAUAUAACAAUUCUAAAUAUAAAAAUUCAUUUUUAAACUUAGCCUUGCCUUUUUUUGCAACAUCAGACCCAAUUGAAGCGGAAAAAUAUUAUUAUAUUUCAGACAAUAAAAAGUACUAUUUUAAUAUGUGGAACAGAUUAGAAUAUAAAAAUACACUACUAAAAAAUAUUAAAAAAGCAUUUGAGAUACAAUUUAAGACGGAAAUUAGUAUGUUGACUAUUGAUAAUAAACUAUUAUAUUGGAAUGUAGAUAAUAAAUACGAUGAAAAUUUGAACAAGAAAGUUAGUGAACUGGUCGAUUUUGUUAAAAACAGAAAAUUGGUUGUAGUAGAUGUAGCUACAGAGAGUGAAAAGGAUGACUAUCCUCGAAUUAUAGUGUUAAUUGAUGAAUAA